UAUCACUCAGUUUUCCAAAAGUGAAAACCUGGACAGACGAUCCUGGUGUGACAGAGAUGCAGAGACCAGAGCCACUCAGAAUAGUUCUUCUUGGAAAGACUGGCAAUGGAAAGAGCUCCACAGGAAACACCAUCAUCGGAAAUAACCAGUUUAAAACUCAGAUUUCUUUAACCUCAGUCACCAAAUGCUGUCAGAAAGCAGUGGGUGAAGUGGACGGUCGUGCUGUCCACGUGGUCGACACUCCUGGACUGUUUGAUAACAAUUUGUCCCAUGAUGAGGUUCAGGAGGAGCUGCUGAAAUGUGUCAGUCUUCUGGCUCCAGGACCACACGUCUUCUUACUGGUGCUACAAAUCGGACGGUUUACUUUGCAGGAAAAGAAGACCCUGAAACUCAUAAACGAUGCAUUUGGAAAGAAUUCAGAGAAGUUCACCAUCAUUCUUUUCACCAGAGGAGAUUCACUGAAAAAUGAAAGAUGGACAAUUCAACAGUUCAUCAACGAAAGUGAAGAUUCUUUCAAGAAGCUCGUCUCUGACUGUGGAGGAAGAUACCAUGUGUUUGAUAACUCAGACAGACAAAACCGCAAGCAAGUCAGUGAACUGAUAGCGAAGAUCAACACCAUGGUGGAGAAAAACGGAGGGGACUGCUUCACCAACGAGAUGCUGCAAGCUGAGGCAGCGAUAAAGAAAGAAAUGGAAAAGAUCCCAAAGGAGAAGGAAGAAGAGAUGAAAAACGAGAUGGAAGACCUCAGGAGAAAACAUGACAGGGAGCUACAAGCACUGAAAAUAAGAACAGAGUGGGAGAAAAAAGAAACUGAUUGGGAGAUAAAACUUAAGGAAAAUCAACUGAAGGAAAAAGAGGAAAACAUCAAAAUGCUCGAAGAAAAAUUCAAAGAACAAGAAAAGAGAGAAAAAGAAGAAGAGGAAAGGAAAAGACAGCAGGAAGAGGCAAUCCACCGGGUGUCACAACAAAGCUAUGAAGUAUCGCAAUUUCAAACAAAAACUAAGAAGCUGGAGCAGCUGACUGCAGAAAUGAAAGAGCAACUAGAUGCCUGGGAGAAGGAACAGAAGGAAAACAGGCAGAAAAGAUUUGCAGAAAACAUGCAAAAACAGAAGGAGCAUUACAUGGAAAUCCAAAAACUGAAAAAACAACAUGAGGAAGAAAAAGCAAAACUUCAAAAAGAAGAAGAAAGAAUGAGGAAACUGGAAGAAAAAGAGCGAAAAGACUUUGAGGAGGCGUAUGAAAACUCACUGCAGAAAAUAAAAGAUGAAUAUGAAGAAAAGGCCAGAAAGCAAGCAGAGGAGUGCAACGAAUUCAAGACAAAGUACCAAAAAAGAGGAGAGGAAAUCAAAAACCUGAUGAAAUGUGUCACCAGGAAGAGAGAAAAUGUCAAAAGAAUCAGUCGUUUGCUGAAAAAACAGGAGAAGGAAAUGAACUCUGCAGAUGGGAUGGAGGAACAAGAAACCCUGCAGAAAGAACACGAGGAAAAGUUGAAUGACUUGAUCCAAGAACUCCUUGAUAAAAACAAACACGGUGAUUGCACUAUCUUAUGAGCCACAUUUGCUUUCAGUGCAGAAUAAAGUCUGGAAGAGAGAGAAAGAGAGGAACUGUUCAGGUUCGUCUGCAGCUGUUAGGAACUGAACUUCCUUGGGGAAGGAUAUUUGAGUCUAGUUUUCAUGAUGCAUUGUGGGAUAUUUUCAGUGCUCUAUAUUGAAUGUUCACGGUAUUUUCUGUGUGAUCCAUAAUACUGUAUAAUAAUCACAUUCUAACAGUGCUCUGUCAUGGAGUGGACAGAACACUCUGUAUCUGCACCUGUAUCUGAAUUUCUUGUGUUAUUUUAAAAAGGAGGUGUUUACUUGCUAAACUAGCUGGGU